UCUCUUCGCUAUUAUCAAACGCAACCCAGAUUUCCGAGCCUUUGCGACUUGUGAGAGAGAAAAAAUCUAGAGCGAGAAAAAAAAAAAAAAAGAAAAGAAAAAACCAUGGCGGCAACGAUGUCUCCUUGGGGCAAACCCGGCGCGUGGGCUCUCGAUUCCGAAGAACACGAAGCCGAACUCCAGCAGCUGAAGGAAAAGGAAGCCGCCGAGCCGCUACCCGAUUUCCCAUCACUCGCCGCCGCCGCCACUACCAAGCCGAAAAAGAAGAAGGGCCAGACUAUAACCCUAGCCGAGUUCACCACCUACGGGGGCGCCAAGCCGGCGGCGGCUAAUAAUAUUGAGCCGAAGGGCCUGACCCACGAAGACCGCUUGAAGCUCCCCACCGGCCCUCGCGAACGCUCCGCUGAGGAGCUUGACCGUAACCGUCUCGGUGGCGGCUUCAGGGGCUACGGCUCGAACGGCUCGUACGAUCGGAAUAAUAGGUACUCGAACGGCGAUGAAUCUUCGAAUUCCAGGUGGGGUUCUUCGAGGGGCUCUGAAAGGAACGGAGGCGGUGGGUUCGGUAGGGACGCGAACAGGGAAUCUGGGCCUUCGCGGGCCGAUGAGAUUGACAAUUGGGCUGCAGCGAAGAAAUCCCCGACCCGGAACGGUUUCGAGAGGAAAGAUAGGGGUGGGUUCUUCGAUUCGCAGUCGAAAGCUGACGAAUCCGACAGUUGGGUCUCGAAUAAGAGCUUUGUUCCCUCAGAAGGUCGAAGAUUCGGUUCUUCUGGUGGUGGGUUUGAGAGAGAGAGGAGAGUGAGCUUCACCUCCAAUGGCGGUGGUGCGGAUUCCGAUAACUGGGGCAAGAAAAGGGAAGAGAGUUAUGGUGUGACGACAGUGAAUGGAACCGAGAGUGGUAGGCCGAGGCUGAACUUGCAGCCUCGAACACUUCCCGUGAGCGAUGGGGGUUCUCAGGGUUCAGCGACUGUGGUGGUGGCUAAGACCAAGGGCUCGAAUCCUUUCGGAGAUGCGAGACCUAGAGAGGAGGUAUUGGCUGAGAAAGGGCAGGAUUGGAAGAAGAUCGACGAGCAGCUCGAGUCGAAGGUCAAGCAUACGAAUGAUAAAGCAGCAGAUGGUGGGUCUUCGUUUGGGAAAAGGAGUUUCGGAAUUGGGAACGGUCGGGCUGGUUCGUCCAGUGACAGUGCUGAGAAGACAUGGAGGAAGCCUGAUGGCUCAGAUGCUCGUCCUACAAGUGCUGAGAAAAUAGAGAAUGGGAAUUCUGAGGAAAUUGAGAAUGGGAAUUCUGAGGAAAUAGAGAAUGGGAAUGCUGACAAAGUUGAGGAUGUUAAUGAAAAUUGAAAAGUUGAGGUCUACAAGUUUCACUAAAAGACUGGAAAAGAAACACAGACUAUUUAUGUCAUUAGAGAAUUUUUUUUUUUUUUUUUUUGGGUGUAUUUUCUAUUUCGUACGUUUGCUAAGACUGGAUUAUACUUUUGAACUUCUUGUUGAGUCAAUUUUGGUAGGGUAUUCUUAAGUACUUACAGUAGUAGUUUUUCCGUGAUGGCUUUUGUUUGUAGUUUGUAUUGCAAUCAGAGAUAUCCUAAUCCUAAUAAUUAUUGUUGGGAUUUAAAUUUUUUUUCUUUUUGGAGGUUGAGUUCAAAUUAGAUGGUUUUAUACAAAGUUUAGUUUUGUUC